CUGUUCCACAUUGAUUUUGGCCACUUUCUGGGGAACUUCAAGACCAAGUUUGGAAUCAACCGUGAGCGAGUUCCCUUCAUUCUCACCUAUGACUUUGUCCACGUGAUUCAGCAGGGGAAGACCAAUAACAGUGAGAAAUUUGAACGGUUCCGUGGCUACUGUGAACGAGCCUACACCAUCCUACGGCGCCAUGGGCUGCUCUUCCUCCAUCUCUUUGCCCUGAUGCGUGCUGCAGGUCUGCCUGAGCUUAGCUGCUCCAAAGACAUCCAGUAUCUCAAG